AUGGCCGCCUCCGUCGACUCGACAAAGCCCCAUCAUUUCCCACCGCUUCUGACUCCCUCUCCGACUCCCUCUCCGACGUCCACUACCUGCGCGAACGAAGCGACAACGGCGACCUCUCCCCAGGCGUCGACUGCCGAGAAAUUGCCCACGAUCCCUUCUGACGAGGAUCGCUCUUCUGAAGAGGGCUCGCAUCGGAGCGUAAGCCCUCGGCGCGCAGGCUCCAACUCUUCCUCCAUCUCGGACCCGGCGAUCGAAGAUGACGAGCACGAGGAUCGAGAGGAGGAGGAGCGACGGCAGCGGAGAGUGAAGGAGCAGGACGGGAAACAAACCGAGCAAACAGACGACGCUCAGAAGUACGUCUCGGACAAGGAACAGGACACGGCGGUGCAUUCUGGACGGGCCAGCCGCAGCAGCACCAUAAGCAACACCACCAACCCCAACGUCCGUCGUUUAUCGGCGAGCGAGAUGCAGCGCCUCACAAACUCUCCCGACUCUCUGCCUGUGGCGCCUGCACCCCCGCAACGGAGGUCAAUCGACCAGGAAUCCGUCUCUCGGUUUGCUGACCAGCGCGAGGCCAUCCGUCAGUCGGUGCGACAGUCGAUAAUGCGGGAUCUCGAGACGUUUCCGGCGCUGCAGCCGAACGGUGUCGCUGUGGAGGCUCGUUCUGCGGGAUUGUGGACGCCGAGGGAUGCGCAUCGGGAUAUUCAGAGGAGGCCUUCGCCUGGGGCGAGGACGUUGUCGACUCCUCCGACGAGUCGCGUGCUCGUUGGCGAUGGAGCUUCGAGCGGGACGGCUUCGCCAAGGAGAUACUCGUCUUUUCAUCCUGCUGCUCGUCCUUCGACUCUUCACUUGAAUCUUGAUGGUGUCGGUGGAAUAUCUCCUACGCUUGGUCCACGAUCAACUCCAGCGACGGCUAUUCCAAUUCAGCAGACUGAUUCAUCUGGCCUUCGACCUCCAUCACCAAUACCGCCCAUGAUCCCCCUUCCUCCCAUGUCACUCCCCACACAUCUCCAGCUCGAACUGGCAGCUCAACGCCCAAGCCCGCUGUACAUCCACCAGUCACACGCCUACGACGUGCCCUACGAGUCCAGCGCCGUCAAGUUUGAGCGUCUCAAGAACGUGCUGCUCUUACCCCCAUUCCUUGAGCGCACUCUCAACUUUGGAGCCCUCGCAUGUCUGGACGCUUGGCUUUACAACUUUACUAUCCUUCCCAUGCGGUUCAUGCUGGCCUUUGGUGUGCUGGUCCGUUGGUGGGGAUAUGUGAUCCUCAAAGAGGUCCGCUGGCUUGUUGACUUUGUAUGGUCUGGACUGGGUAGACUCUGGGAACGUGGACGUUCAAGGACUCGAGCCGGCGAUGUUUCCGACGACGAUAGAUCACGCAGUGAAAGUCGUCCUCGCGGUCUUUCAGGAGAUCACUCUGUCAAUGGCAACGGGCACUUUAAACCUAACCAGAGAAACACACACCGCAAGGGCCCCUUUCGUCAUAGGAGGACAAAGUCGAUGCCCUCAAACCUCUCAGCCUUUCACAAAGCAGACCUCCUACAGGGCGCCGUCAUUGUGUGCAGCUCCAUGGCGCUCAUGACCCUCGACGCCAGUCGCAUGUACCACUUUAUCCGCGCCCAGUCGGCCAUCAAGCUCUAUGUCAUAUACAACAUCCUCGAGGUCAGCGACCGGCUGCUCUCUGCGCUCGGUCAGGAUAUACUCGAGUGUCUGUUCAGCAGCGAGACACUCUCGCGCAACGCGUCUGGGAGGUCCAAGGUGCUUCUUCCAGGCGGCAUGUUUUUGCUUGCUCUUGCGUACUGUUGUCUGCAUUCUGUUGCGCUGUACUACCAAGUCAUUACUCUCAACGUGGCUGUCAACUCGUAUUCAAACGCUCUCCUGACACUACUCUUGUCGAACCAAUUUGUCGAGAUCAAGAGCACAGUCUUUAAACGCUUCGAGAAGGACAAUCUGUUUCAGCUCACCUGUGCCGACAUUGUGGAACGCUUCCAACUCUGGAUCAUGCUACUCAUUAUUGGAAUGCGCAACGUCGUCGAAGUCGGCGGUUUGAGUGUUCCAGGUGCUGGCUCUGAGCUGAGCUUUGACGAGUCGAGAACUGUGCCGCUGCAUAACCCGUCUAUCCUUCCUCAUAGCUUCACCGUGUUGCCGUCUUGGCUCAUGUCUGGUGAAGUUCUAUCACCUUUUCUCAUUGUCAUUGGGAGUGAGAUGCUUGUUGAUACCGUCAAGCAUGCGUACGUGACCAAGUUUAACAAUAUCAAGCCGGGGUUUUAUAGUCGUAUUCUCGACAUUCUGUGCAAGGACUACUACACCAACGCCUUCAUGACACCUUCACUGACUCGUCGCCUUGGUCUCGCCGUCAUACCGCUCUCAUGCCUCUUCAUCCGCGCCUCUAUCCAGACCUACCACAUGCUACUUUCCACUCACCUCCCUAUGCCUAUUCUCGAGUCAACGCAAACUUCUUUGACAGAAGAAUCAGCAGCUCCAUCGUCACCCGCCAUGAUUGCCGCCCUGAACAGAUUCGACACCCUCAUCCGUGACUCUCUCGGCCGUGCAACUUACGGCUACCCCUACGGUUCACCCCUGAACUCACGACCCUGGUAUUCCUGGACUUCUGAUGACUUCAUCGCCGCUGUGACCAUGAUUGUCGUCUUCUUCAUCGCCUUCCUAGUCCUCCUCAUCCUCAAACUCCUCCUCGGCAUGGUCCUCCUCAAGUACUCCCGCAACCGGUACGCAAAGAUGAAGCAAGCCGAACACCAAGGCCGCACCGAAACAUACGACACGCCUGGCGGCAGACGGAUCGGCGGCUUCGGACACGUUGAAGUUGGGGAGGAGAGACAACGGUGGAUACACGCCGACAAGAAUGAAGGGCUGAAGGGUGGUAAAGGACCAGGGAAGAGAGUUGAAAAGGCGGAGAAGAAGAGGGAUGAUUUCGAGGGGGUUAUGCGGUAUGAGAUGGUUGCAAAGAGGAUAUGGUGA